AGGCAUGGCAGACGCCAUACUAAAAGCCAAAACGGCUGCCCCGAGGAGGCCCGCACUGCGUAGCUAGUGAAGGUUGGGGGGCAAGCUACUGCGGGAAAGAGGGAGGGGGACUCCCAGAAAAGCCGUUGAGAGGACCAUCACACUCCGAGCAGCACAGGUUCCAGUUACAGCCAUCCCUUGCCAUAACUUUUGAACUAUAUUUGGAAAAAUACUGGCCAGGAAAGAAAAAUGAUAAAAAUUUCUCCUCAUGGUGAAUAAACAAGGGCAGACUCGACUUUCUAAGUACUAUGAACAUGUAGAUAUUAAUAAGUGUACACUUCUGGAAACAGAAGUCAUAAAGAGAUGUCUCUCUCGAUCCAAUGAACAAUGCUCUUUCAUUGAAUAUAAGGAUUUUAGGCUGAUAUAUCGGCAGCAUGCAGCUCUCUUCGUUGUGGUUGGAGUUGAUGACACUGAGACAGAAAUGGCUAUUUAUGAAUUCAUUCAUAAUUUUGUGGAAGUUUUAGAUGAGUAUUUCAGCCGAGUGACUGAAUUAGAUAAAAUGUUUAAUUUGGAUAAAGUACACAUCAUUUUGGAUGAGAUGGUGUUAAAUGGCUGCAUUGUGGAAACUAACAGGGAAAGAAUUCUUGCCCCUCUACUAAUUCUUUAUGUCAGAAAGCUGAAAGGAAGUAUCUUCCAGACAACAUGGAUUUAUCGGAAAUGCUAGUACCGUGGAAUACAUCUCAUCAUCUGUAACCCAGAAGAAUCUGGAAGACCACAAUUAUAAAAUGGGGUAUCCUUCCAAAGACAUUAUAGAUAGGAGUUUCCUACAUAUGUACAAAGAAACAAAAUUUUUUUAACUGAGAGAAAAGUUUUAUUUUCUAAUUGUAAACUUACCUUUCCCACUUCUUUAAAUUCUGUUGAGCACCUAAGGAACCCUUCUUGGUCUAUGCUUCUUUUUGCAAAUUUAUUUCAGGAAUAGCAGGACGGUAGUGGAAAGAAAGUAUAGCAGUUUUCUGUCAGCCAAUAAAGUUUUAAAAUUUAAAC